AUGGGCACAGUCACCUGGAAGGUUCCUGUUGGCGCUUCCGUCCGGGACAGACAGGCAGCUCCAGAAGCCAGACAGCCCAAGGACAGCCCAGCCGGCCCGGACAUGCUGCUGCUGCUGCUGCUGCUGCCGCUGCUGCCCCUGCUGUGGGCAGGGUCCCUGCAGAAGGAUCCAGAGUACCAACUGCAGGUGCAGGACUCGGUGACGGUGCAGGCGGGCCUGUGCGUGCACGUGCCCUGCAAGGUGUCCUACCCUCGGGAGGGCUGGAACGACUCUACCCCAGCGUACGGCUACUGGUACCAGAAAAGGGAGGCUAUCAAAGAUGUUCUCGUGGCCACAAACAACCAAGGCAAGAAAAUAACAAGGAAGGUGAAACCUCCCUCUCCACUCGACCUCUCCGGGGACCCGGGGGCCGGCGACUGCUCCCUGAGCAUCUCAGCUGCGAGGCCCGGACACAGUGGAAAGUAUUACUUCCGACUGGAGAGGGGCCCUGUGAACCACACCUACUGGGACAACCAGCUCACCGUGACCGUCACAGCGCUGACACAGACCCCGGACAUCCGCAUCAAGGAGCCCCUCGAGGCCGGCCGCCUGGGUCACUUGGUGUGCUCCCUGCCAGGAGCCUGUGCUCCGCUGCGGCCCAGCACCGUCUCCUGGGCCGGGGCUGAUGCCCUCAGACUCCAGGCGCAGGGCUCCUCAGCCUCUAGGUACCCAGAGAUCGUGUUCAAGCCCCGCCCGCAGGACCACGGCACCAACCUCACCUGCCGGCUCACCUUCCCCGGGGCUGAUGUGAGCAGGACCAUCACGCUCAACGUGUCCUAUGCACCACAGAACCUGACCAUCCGCGUCUCCCGAGGAAGCCACACAGAGCUGGAACACGUGGGCAAUGGCUCGGCUCUCCCGGUCCGGGAAGGGGACUCGCUCCGCCUGCUCUGUGUCGCCGACAGCAACCCUCCCGCCACAGGCUCCCUGAGCCUCAAGGAGGGGCUCAGCCCUGACCUCAGACUCAGCUGCGAGGCCCGGAAUGUGCACGGGGCCCAGAGCGCCUCUGUCCUGCUGCUGCCUGGUCAGGGCCUGCUGGGGGCAGAGGCCACGGAGGAAGGAGUGGGGAAGCCCGCGCUCCGGGAAGCAUUUGUCCUGGGCGCUGUCACGGGAGCAGGUGUCGUUGGGCUGCUCGGCCUCUGCCUCGUUGUCUUCCUAGUGAAGACCCGCAGGAGGGGCGCACCCCGGGCUGCAGCUGGUGAGAAGGAUGCCUCCUCUACACGGGGUCCCUCCCCCUCCACGCGGAGUCCCGCCUCCUCCACACGGAGUCCCGCCUCCUCCAUGCGGAGUCCCGCCUCCUUGGGUGGCCAGCGUGAGUGUCGGCCGGGCAGCCAGCUAGACCACCCGCCCCCAGCUGCGCCCCCCGCCGCCGCCUCCGGGGAGGAGCUGGAGCUGUAUUACGCCACCCUCAGCUUCCAGGGGCCGAGGCUGGGGGAACAGCCCGACCAGGAGGCCACCACCAGCACCGAGUAUGCAGAGAUCAAGAUCCGCACCUAACGGGCCCCCAGCUCCAGCGACCUCUGGCUGGAGGGCCCAGGGCUUCUCUGGGAGGGGAGACAUCAGGGACAAUUCCCAAGAACGAGCUGACGACACGGGCGUCCCACUGGUGCCACGAUGGGCAGAACUGGCCUCAAAUUUCAGCCCGUCUCCAACUACGAGAAUGAGUCUGAGCAAGUCACUCUACUUCUCAGUCUCCCCUCUGUAACACAGACACAGUAACCCAACUGGACCCUGGCCGAUGUGGCUCACUAGCUUAGUGUCCACCUAUGAAUCAGGAGGUCACGGUUCGCU